AUGGCCGGAGGAUUCUUUUUCAUCGGGCCCUUCUUGCUCUUCGCGGCAAUGGUACUCUUUGUCUUUAUCAGCGUCUCAGUGCCGAUAUGGUACAAAGUGCGCUUCCUCAGUGCUGCCGUCAACGCCAACGGUACUCCAUCUCAAUUCUACCUCGGACUAUGGGGCGCUUGUGUAGACAUCACUGGAGGAGCGAGACAAUGCUCGUCAAAGUCGUUCGGCUACAACAUCAACUCUUACCUAACCCAAUUCGGCGUCAAUGGCUCGCUACGAAACAUCUACAGCCACGGACUGACCUAUGGCUUCCUGCUCAAUCCCAUUGCGGGCUUGAUAGCGCUCAUUGCGUUAUUGUUCUCCAUUCCCGCAGGAACAUGCGCAGAACUCAUGGCUAUCUUGUUGACCAUCUUUGCCUUCCUAGUGGCAGCAGCAGCCCUCGUCAUCGAUCUCCUCGUCUUCAUCAAGACGCGCAACCUCAUCAACCGUUCCGCACCGGGCACAGCCUCGCUCGGCAAUGCCAUCUGGCUCACUGUCGCAGCCACAGGCGCACUCUUCCUGGCCAUCUUCUUCGUUUGCCUCGGAUGCUUCAGAGGACGCAGCUCUCGCAAGUAUGCCUACGACGAGAAGGACUACGCUGCCAACUACGAGCCAUCGAGCCAUAUGCAUGACGAUCAAUACGAGGACACCGGCAAUCACGUCGGAGCGUACGAGAGCCAGCCUGCUACAUCCGAAUACGGAGGCGAUCGCUCUGUUGUGGGAACGUCGGGCAGCCAAUACGGAGGUGACGACCGUCUCUCGACCGGAGCGCACCAUCAUCACGGCAAUGGCUCCCUCGCUGCGCCAUUGCACAACCAGAAUGCGCUCUAA